AUGCUGCUGCUCACCUUGCAAGCGUUGAGUCUGACAAGGCUCGCCCUGGGAUUGAGCCGGGCUGGAGCGGGUCAGUGCCCCAGCGCCUGCGAGUGCUCAGAGUGGAACUUACUUCAGAUCACCUGCAAAGCCAUCGAUCGCAUCCCGACCUUUCCCCCAAGCACGGAAAACAUUCGAUUCAUGGAGACUCAACUCAAGUCGAUCCCAACAGAAGCCUUCGCAAAGCUCCCAAACAUCACAAGGAUAUACAUUUCCAUUGACGCAACUCUUCAGAGAGUGGAAGCGAGAGCAUUCUUCAGUCUGGACAAACUCACGCACAUAGAGAUACGGAAUGCAAAGAGCUUAAGUCACAUCGACCCAGACGCUUUCAAGGAUCUCCCUAUUCUAAAAUACCUUGGGAUUUUCAACACCGGCCUGGCCAGGUUUCCCGACUUGACAAAAAUCCAUUCCACCGAUGUGAACUUCCUGAUUGAAAUCGCCGACAACCCUCUCAUUUCCACCAUCCCUGCCAACGCCUUUGGCGGACUGGGCAAUGAAUCACUCACUCUAAAGCUCUACAACAACGGGUUCACUAAGGUCCAAGCUUACGCCUUUAAUGGAACCAAACUGGAUGCUCUAUACCUGCACAAGAAUAAGCUGCUGUCGUCCUUCAGUGAGGAUGUCUUCGCUGGUGUCUUGAGCGGUCCCACGCUGCUAGAUGUGUCCCAGACCAGCGUGCACUCCCUCCCGACCAAAGGCCUGGAACCCUUGAAGGAACUAAUGGCCAAGAACACUUGGACCUUGAAGAAGCUGCCUCCUCUGAAGACCUUCCUGCACCUGACAAGAGCUGACCUCACCUACCCGAGCCAUUGCUGCGCCUUUAAGAACUGGAAGAAGAACCAGGGUUUCCCCUCCAGGUUCCUGGAGUCAGUGAUGUGCAACCAGACCUUGGCCCGUGGUCUCGGGGGGAGAAGGUCCCGCGCUUUGCACAACCAAGACUACACGGAGGACGGAGCGGAUGACCGCGACCCCGACCAAGCCUUGCAGCGCCGGGAUGUCCUCAGCAACUCCCACUACUACGUCUUCUUCGAAGAGCAAGGGGACGGAGACUUUGGCUUUGGUCAGGAGCUGAAGAACCCUCAGGUGGACCAAGUGCAAGCCUUGGACAGCCACUAUGACUAUGUGGUGUGCGGGGGGAGCGAGGAGAUAGUUUGCCGGCCAGAACCGGACGAGUUCAACCCUUGCGAGGACAUCAUGGGCUACGACUCGUUACGGGUGAUGGUUUGGUUGGUCAGCCCGCUGGCCAUCCUGGGGAACAUCGCCGUCCUGGUCAUCCUGCUGACCAGCCGCUACAAGCUGACCGUGCCCCGGUUCCUGAUGUGCAACCUGGCCUUUGCAGACCUGUGCAUGGGCGUCUACCUCCUGCAGAUCGCCUCGGUCGACCUGUACACCCGCGGCGAGUACUACAACCACGCUAUCGACUGGCAGACGGGGCCGGGUUGCCGCUCGGCCGGCUUCUUCAGCGUCUUCGCCAGCGAGCUGUCCGUGUACACGCUGACCGCGAUCACGGCGGAGAGGUGGCACGCCAUCCGCUUCGCCCUGCGCCUGGACCGCAAGAUCCGGCGGCGGCAGGCGGCGCUGGUCAUGGCCGGCGGUUGGCUGGCUUGCUUCGCCCUGGCCCUCUUGCCCGUCCUGGGGGUCAGCAGCUACGUCAAGGUCAGCAUCUGCCUGCCCAUGGACACGGACAGCCUGCCCGCCCGCUCCUACGUGGUGACCGUGCUGCUGCUCAACGUCGCCGCCUUCCUCAUCGUGUGCGGCUGCUACGUCCGGAUCUACGCGGCCAUCCGGAGCCCCCGCCCCAAGGCCGGGGGCAAAGACGCCAAGAUGGCCAAGAAGAUGGCCGUCCUGAUCUUCACCGACUUCGCCUGCCUGGCCCCCAUCUCCUUCUACGCCCUGUCGGCCAUCCUGAGCAAACCCCUGAUCACCGUCACCAACUCCAAGAUCCUGCUGGUCCUCUUCUACCCCCUCAACUCCUGCGCCAACCCCUUCCUCUACGGGCUCUUCACCACCGCCUUCCGCCGUGACGCUCUGGUGCUGCUGAGCAAGGUGGGGCUGUGCCGGCGGCGGGCGCAGUUGUACCGGGGACAGACCCUCACCGGGAGGAAGAGCAGCUCCUCCUGCGGCGACACCGCCACCACCGCCGGCCUCGGCUGCGGCCCCCGCUGUCUCCGUGGCAACCGCCGGCCGGCAGUAGCAGCAGCAGCAGCAGCCCCCCCACCCCGAGACUGGCGAGUGAGUGAACUCUGACCUCGGUUAGACCCAGAGUGCCGGAGUAACUCAGCGGGUCAGGCAGCAUCUCUGGAGAAAAGGAAUAGGUGAUGUUACGAACCAGGACCCUCCUUCAUGGUCCCUGGUCCAAUACGAUACAG